GUGAACAUGGCUGACACAAACAAAGCAGAAAAGCUGGCAGCAGCUCGUAAAAAGCUUAAAGAGUUUCAACAAAGAAAUAGACAAAGUCCGGUUGCUGCUCCAAAAGACCGAGCUGAUGUGUCGACCCCUGCUAGUGUGACGUCCCAAACCAGCAGUAUUGACCUGAAAGCAGCAGGCACUCUCCAGCACGAAGCGAUCUGCCUUGACGAGCAGCCUUCCAUUUCUUACGAGUACAAUCCCCAAGCACAGUCUCUGGACUACAGCAACCAAUACUAUAGUGCUGAUCUCACUCAUGAACAGCCACCAGGUUCUACACCCUAUUUCUAUAAUGGUGCUACAAACAGCAUCCCAGAAAACGUUAUGGUUGACAAUCAUAGGAGAUACUCCACCAAUAGCUAUGGAGGCCCAAGUGCAGACAAUUCCUCGUUGAUCAUUCAGUUAGCUGAGAGAGACAAUACAAUAGCAUCCUUGCAAUAUCAACUGCAAAGUUUAUCGCUAGCAACUAACUCGAAAGAUGUGGAACUGCAAAAUGCUGUACGUGAGGCAGAGGUCAAAUGGUUCCAGAAAGUCGCAGAGUUGGAAAGCCAGCUCAAGACUCACGCGCAAACUGUUAACAUCCUAGUGGCGGAAAAGUCAGAGUACCAGGCGUCCUUGGCAAAAGCAAAUGAUUUGCUAAAAUUGAAGGCUGGUGAGUGGGAGGAAACCCAGCAACAGCUGCGCACUUUCCAACAGAAGCUCAAUGAGUCUGAAUCGGCCUUGGCGUCAAUCAGAGACGAAAAUAGCUCUAAAGGACUGGAAAUCAGUGACAAGCAAAAACGUUAUGAUGAGCUGGCCACAGAACUAAAAAGGGUUGAGGGAGAACGGGAUGAGCACAAGCAUCAGAACAACCAACUGCAACAGCGAAUCAACGUCACCAUGCAGCAGGUGGCCAUGUUGCAAGCUGAGCUGCAAGAAAAACAAUCGCAGCUCACUUCUACCCAAGUUCGACUGAAGCAGCUUGGUGGUUCUCUAAAAGACUCAGAUGACACUUCAAUUGUUGAUGAAUUAAAAGCAGAAAGGGAAAGGAGUGCUUCUUUGGAAAAGAUAAUUGCCGAUAUGAAAUCUGAUCUUGCUGAGAAAGAGCAGGCCAGCCAGCAGUAUCAACAGUUUGUCCACCAGCUCAAUCAGCAGCUCUCCACCCUUGCAACAAAGGUCCAAGAGUCAACGCGAGAAAACGAGAAGCUUAAAGAGCAGAAUACGCAAAUGGUGGAGCAUGUCAGCAGUUUAGAAACUCGGCUAAAUAAGCUCAACCAGUUCAACUCGCAUACUCCGCAGCCAGUGGAUAAUCAAGAGCUGCUGAAACUCAAAGAAGAGCUGAGAACGGCUCUUGAGGAGAAAAAUUCUUGGAAACAAAAAUUAGAUAAUCAGGAAAUGGAAAGGAGUUCCUAUGAAGAGAGUAUUUUGAGGUACCAAGAAACUAUUCGGCGGCUUGAAGAAGAGCGGCCAGAUGAGCGCAAGUUACUCGCAGCCAUGGAGAGUGACAGGGUCGCGGCUCAAAGAGCGACAGCCCAAAACUCAAAACUGAAGGACCAACUUCUUGAAAUGGAGCAAAUGAAGGCGCAAAUGAUUGAGCAGUUGCACACUUUAGAAGCGAGAGCACGACAAGCACAGUCUCUUCAGGAGUGUUUAAUAGACGCGCAGAACGAAAUAAAAAAUUUAAAUAAUCGUCUGAAUCAAAAUCCAGAAAAUCCUCAAGUGAAUGGCAAUACCAGCGAAAUCGAAGAGAGUCUUUCUCCAGAAGCAACAAAAAAACUGGAGAUUCGUUUCACUGAACUCAUGAGGAAGCUAGCAGACACCGCUGACGAAAAGCAAAAACUUGAGCAUCUUGUAAUGCAAUUGCAGGGUGAAACAGAAACGAUAGGAGAGUAUGUGGCUCUAUACCAGCAGCAGCGGUGUCUGCUCAGAGAAAGAGCAGCUGAGAAAGACAGGGAAAUUGCAAGAAUGGGGGAUGAUAGAGCUGAGUUGUUGCAAGAGCUGAAAAAAGUCGGCCACUUGGUGCUGCAGCUUGUAAAUGACCAAAGAGAUAAUAAUAGUGUGCCUUUGUCAGAGCCUAAGGAUUAUGAGACUGUAGCAUUCGCAAUUGCUGACCAAGUGUCAGCCCUGCUGAACAGAAUGGAGGAGAGCAGCCAGGAAACGCGGAAGCUGACAGACGAAGAGCUUUUAGCGCUGCACAGCAAGAGAAACGUCCAGGCUCACGAUCAAGAAACGCUGCUCCCGUGUCCAUGCUGCUCUGGGCAACUAGAAGUGGUCUGAUCUUUAUUGCUGUUUGACGUCUUUGCACCAGCACCCUGAGUAUUUUGUGAUAAAUCGCGUUUUGGUGUUGCGUUAAAGAAAAAGCCAUUCUGUCCGCAAAGUGAUUUCCAUUAGAGUUACAAGCAAUUCCAGUGUUUGAUUUGGCACUGCCCACCCAACCUGUAGCGCUAUAGUUGGAUUAUUUAUCAGAGUCAUUAAACGCUCUAAUUAUGUUGUACUGUACUUUGAGACAAGAAAUAAAGUGUAUUAUUUAUAA